CCCCUCCUUCUCUCAGCCGUGUGUGUGUGUGUGUGUGUGUCGCACAGAGCAGAGUCAGUCUGGAGGAUCCCGCAGAGUCUCCGCGCGGCUCCGGUUUGUUUCUGCGCUUUUCGGUCAACUUUCCGCGGCUCGGAUCUGCAGUUUCCCCGAGGAGCACAGCAUGAGGAGCGGCUCGCAGAGCAGAUUGUGUGUGUUCUGGUGUUGUGUGUUGGCCGUCCUGCCUUUAACAACAGCGGAUGAAGCAGAGAAACCGGCAGCAGGACGGCAGUCUCGCCAGGCGGAGGAGGUGGGGCUUGAAGGUGUCUGGGCUCCAUGGAGCGAGUGGGUGGAGUGUUCCCAGAGCUGUGGAGUGGGCGUGGCCGAGAGGCGGAGACAGUGUAUGCCGCCACCACAAACUCCACCCCUUACAUGGAAUAGACCAUCUUACCUUCCGCCAGGUGUCCCGAACAACACCCCGGUGAUCUCUGCAGUCAGACCCUUCUACAAUAACCUGUAUCCUCCUAAUGAACCAUAUGGAGCUGAGAGACCUUUUCCCCCAGCUCUCCCAGCCAAUCAGAAUCCAGGAUUACCACUGUACCGUAAUGAAGGCGGGCAGUUUGGCUCAUCCGGUCAGGAGCCGGUUUCAGUUUACCGUUCGCCAUCCUCGUCUUCUUCACUGCCAUAUAGCAGAGUUCCAGCACGGACACCGAGUCAUGGAAGAGGUGGAGCUAUUGGUAGCAGGAGGGCAGUUUCCACCAAUAGGGAUCCUGCGUCUGUCAGAAGGUCUAGUUCGUCCAUUCGUCCUGGACAGUUUGGAUAUGGCAGGGUGCCGUUUUCUCUUCCUCUACACAGACAAAACCGACAUGCGCGCCACACACACCACAACACCAGCACAGAUAGUCUGGACGCUCUGAAUGUGAACUCCAGCUCACAUGGGGAAAAAACACACGAAAAAACUCCUGCAGACAAAGUGAGUGAGGACAAUGAUGAUGGAGAGCAGCGCAGACGAGUGAGAAUCCCUCAUAUAAGGCCCCCGGCACAGAGAAACGGGGCCCGGGAUAGACGCAUCGAAGGCCGCACGUCCCGCCAGGCUCCUCCAUCAUACACACGCACCAUCAGCAGAACACACACUUCCAGAGAUCCUCCUCCAUACGGCCCCCAAACGCCCUCAAAUCCCAACCCAGAGCCCUGGGCCCCUGUGCAGACCCCUGGAAAUGAGCAGGACUGGAGGCCUCCAGUGGCAGGAAACUACAGAUGCUCAGGCAGAGACAGAGAAUACCGCAGGUGCAGUCUACAGGCGUGUCCAGGUGCUGCAGUAAACUCCAGGGCUGAUCAGUGCUCCGCCUUCAACGCUCAGGAGUUCAUGGGUCGUGUGUACGACUGGGAGCCCUUCACUGAAGUGGGUCUGGAGCAGCAGUGUGAGUUAACCUGUCGGCCGGUCGGUUACCGUUUCUACGUGCGCCAGGCGGAGAGGGUUCGAGAUGGGACACCCUGCGCAAACAACACACCCACUGAUGUGUGUGUGGGGGGGCGCUGCCUGAGCGAGGGUUGUGACGGUGUGCUGGGCUCCGGGCUGGUCCGGGACCGCUGUGGUGUGUGUGGCGGUGAGGACGGCACCUGUGAACGGGUCAGCGGGAGCUUCAUGAACACCAGUGUUCCUCUGGGAUACCACAAAAUCCUGGACAUUCCACCCGGAGCCACGGCUAUCAACAUCACGGAGAGACGGGCCAGCCCAAACUACCUGGCUCUGCGCAGUGGGACAGGUCAGUCAGUGGUGAACGGCCGCUGGGCUGUGGAUCCUCCAGGAGAGUAUCAGGCAGGAGGAGCCGCUUUCCUCUACACCCGACCCAAAGCGGAGCCUCAGGAGCCGGGAGAGGACAGAGGAGAGACCCUCACUGCUGCUGGACCCACUACUGCACUGCUGCAGCUAUACAUUAUUUUCCACAGGCAGAAUCCAGGCAUCGACUAUGAAUAUUACAUCCCAGUGGAUAAACGGAGAGACGGAGAGAGAGAAGUGCUCAGAGAGAGAGAGAGAGGGAGAUCGGCACUCAGAGAGACCACUGGAGUCUCGAUGGCAGUGGAAAACCCUGUUGCUCCUCCUCCAGUGUCGUCUUCCUUCCCUUCAUCAUCAUCAUCAUCUUCGUCUUCAUCUGAUCGAUGGCCACCUGAGAGGCCCCGCCCACAGGGCUUAGGACCCAAUCGAAAUGCUCGGAUCCCUCCAAGAACAGACCUCCCAUUGGACAAUCUGCCUGUGUUUGUGUGGAGACGAGGAGCGCUGACAGAAUGCACUGCUACCUGUGGAAAAGGCUCUCAGUACAGAGAGAUUGUGUGUGUGAACAGACACACAGAACAGGAGGUUCACGAGAGGAGGUGUGACUCUGCAACCAAACCCACGCCAGAGGAGGAACCAUGUAAUGUUCAUCCAUGUCCACCAUUCUGGGAUAUGGGGGCGUGGUCAGAGUGCAGUGUUUCCUGUGGUUGGGGUGUUCAGCAGCGUCAGAUACAGUGCAGGCAGAGCUUUGGGAACCGCUCAACGAUGGUCCACCCUCAGCGCUGCGCUGGUCUUAGCCGUCCCAACGCCACACAGCCCUGCCACCCGCGCGUCUGUUCACACUGGGAGAUCAGCACCAACUGGAGCACGUGUUCGGUGGAUUGUGGAAUGGGAAAGAGAACCAGGAAUGUGCGUUGUGUCAGUAACCACGGCAACACUGUGAAUGACCGGGAGUGCAAUGACAGGCUCCGCCCACAGCACAGCGAGGACUGUCACAUGGGUCCGUGCGUCACCAACUGGUACUUCACUGAUUGGACACACACUUGUUCUGCGGAGUGCGGGCCGGGUGUGCAGCGCAGGGAGGUGGUGUGUGUGAGCGCUGGAGGCCGGAGAGAAGGAGACGGAGGACUGGAGUGUGUCGGGGACAAACCUGCAGACAUGAAGGCCUGUAACGGUGGCCCCUGUACAGCCACAUACCUGUGGUACACCGGGCCCUGGGGAUACUGUAACGCAGUGUGUGGAAACGGAACUCAGCGCAGAGACGUCAUCUGUGUGAGGAAGAGCGGCAGUGAGUUUACGGUCAGCAGCUCCAGCGACUGCUCUCACCUGGAGAAACCCUCACCUGUGCAGCCCUGUGAGCUGCAGCCCUGCACACCACAGUGGUUCACCACCGACUGGAGCACGUGCUCUCGCUCCUGUGGUGAAGGGCUCCAGACGCGAGAGGUGCGCUGCCUCACACCUGACAAGCAGCACAGCGCCACCUGCCAUCCAGACGCCAGACCUGCACACCAGCAGCCCUGCAACACCAUUCCCUGCAGUCCCUUCGAAGAUGAGAACUGUAAAGACAGACGGCAUAACUGUGUAAUGGUGGUUCAGGCUCGGCUCUGCGUCUACUCCUAUUACAAGACGGCCUGCUGCGCCUCCUGUACCCAAAGUGCUCAGCGGGCCAAAAGACAUUAAGCCUAUGCACAGACACGGCCAAUCACAGAGCGCUUUACAGUUCUACCAGCCAAUCACAGGCAGGUCAGAUUCACUUGGAGAGAUUUCCAGGUUGAACUGAGCUGAGAUCAGCAUCCUCUUAAAGGGCCAGUUCACCCACAAAUGAAAACGCUGUCAUCAUUUACUCACCCAUCAAAUCUGUUUACGUUCCUUUCUUCUGUUGAACGCAAAGAAGAUAUUGUAAAGAAAGCGGAUAAACAUUGACUCCCAUUGAAUUUGUUUUUUCUACUAUGGAAGUCAGUGUUUGAAACCACGUGAAGGAGUGUAAUAGUGAGUUUUGGGGUGAACCGUCCCUUUAAAUUAAAAGCAUAGAAGUAAACUCUACUUUUUCUCUCGUUUUACAGCUCCCCUAGAGCUAAACAGGUGAGUUUUACCAAUUUUCUAAUGCAUUCAGUCUUUCUCCAGGUUUGCACCUUUAGCUUAGCUUAGCAUAAAUCAUUGAAUCGGAUUAGACCAUUAGCAUCUUACUCAAAAUUUUAAAAAUAGCUAGUUUAGCAUUGUGUCCACCCGAAGUGUUUUUAUUCUCAAGCUUGGUUGCUUACAGUGUCACUUUUAAGCUAGCCGACCAAUCACAGUGGAGGAGGGGCGGGACUAUACACUGUCAACAAAUAAUCUGCUAAAGACUUUUAACUUGUAAUGGUAUAGCGAUAAUACACUGUAUCAUUUACUUUC